AUGGUAGACACAGAAUCCUUGAUAGUCAGCUAUCUAAACGUUGGCCGGGCCGGCCGGCCAUCUUCCGGCCACGCUAGUGCUCCCGCCACGGGUGCAUCAGGCUACAAUAAGAGCCCUAGAGCCAUGCCCAUAUCAAGCUAA